UUGAGAAACGAACUUGUGUAUUAGCUGCGUCACAUUUUCUGACUGUGUUCAGAAAAUACGCUGAACGUUAAAGAAGAAAGGAUAAUAUAUCACGCGUUUCCAUAAAGGGAAGAUGUCAGUCAGAUCUUCAUCUCCAGAACCCAGCUGUGUGUCUAUGAAGAGCAAUCAAUCCAUGGAUCCUCCUCUUAAAUUCAGUGAUGAACCAGCGAUCUCUGACACCAGCAGCGUGUAUAAAGAGGAUCAAACUGGAGGCCAGGAUUUUCCUCAACCACUGAAUGAGGAACUACAGAGAGUCACACACAGACACAAAACCAACAUGAAGAACAAGUAUGAGAGAUUAUUUGAGGGAAUGAAACUCCAAGGGAAUGAAACCUUCCUGAACAGGAUCUACACACAGCUCUAUAUCACAGAAGGAGAGAGAAAGGGAGUGAAUGAAGAACAUGAGGUUUUACAGAUGGAGACAAAAGACAGAUUGCAACACUCACUAGGCACUCCAAUCUACUGCAAUGACAUCUUUAAAGCCUCACCUGAACCAGGACACGAGGAGACAGAGCAAAUCAAGACUGUUCUUACUAAAGGCAUCGCUGGAAUCGGGAAAACCGUCUCUGUGCAGAAGUUCAUUCUGGACUGGGCUGAGGGAAAAGAAAAUCAGGAUGUAGAUUUCAUGUUUGUGCUUUCAUUUAGAGAGCUGAACUUGAUCCGAGAUCAUCAGUACAGUCUUCACAGACUUCUGCAGGACUUUCAUCCUGAUCUGCAAGAUCUGGACCCAAAGAUUUAUGAGGAGAGUAAAGUUGUGUUCAUCUUUGAUGGUCUGGAUGAAAGCAGAAUCCCACUCAUGUUUUUAGAUGCUCAAGAAGUUUCUGAUGUGACUGAGACUUCAUCAGUGGGUGUGUUGAUGUCAAAGCUCAUGAAAGGAGAUCUGCUUCCCUCGGCUCUCAUCUGGAUCACCUCCAGACCAGCAGCAGCCAAUCAGAUCCCCUCCAAAUACAUCAACCGUGUGACAGAGAUUCAGGGAUUCAAUGAGCCUCAGAAGGAGGAAUAUUUCAGGAAGAGAAUCGGUGAUGAGCAUCAAGCCAGCAGAAUCAUCUCUCACAUCAGAGAAGCAAGAAGCCUCCACAUCAUGUGCAACAUACCCAUCUUCAGUUGGAUCUCAUCCACUGUGCUUCAAAAGCUCCUGGAAGAAGAUCUGAGUGCAGAAAUCCCUCAAACUCUUACUGAAAUGUACAUCCACUUCCUGCUGAUUCAGAUCCACAUGAGGAAUCAGAAGUAUGAAGAUAGAGAUCCAGAGAAACUCCUGCAGUCCAACAGAGAACUGAUUGUGAAACUUGCUGAAGUGGCUUUCCAUCAGCUGAUGAAGGGCAAUGUGAUGUUCUAUGAGGAGGACCUGAUUAACAGCGGCAUAGAUGUCACUGACACCUCGGUGUAUUCUGGGAUUUGCACUGAGAUCUUUAAGGAGGAAUCUGUGAUUCAUCAGAGGAAAGUCUACAGCUUCAUUCAUCUGAGUGUUCAGGAGUUUCUCGCUGCUUUCUUUGUGUUUUACAACUCAACAAAUAACAAGGAACCACUGAAUGAAUUAAGAUGUUACGGAUUUAAUCAAGACUCUCUGUAUGAUCUACUAACAUCAGCUGUAGAUAAAGUCCUCAAGAAUGCGAAUGGACGGCUGGAUCUGUUCCUGCGGUUCCUGCUGGGAGUCUCACUGGAGUCCAAUCAGAGACUCUUACAGGAUCUACUGACACACACAGAGAACAGCUCAGAGGACAUCAGCAGAACCACACAGUUCAUAAAAAAGAAGAUUAAAGAUCUAGAUGGUUUUAAUAUGCUACAUCUCUUCCAUCAAUCCAUCAAUCUGUUUCUCUGUCUGCUGGAAGUGGAAGAUUAUACUCUGGCCAGAGACAUUAAUGAGUUUAUGAAAUCGAACAAACACUGCUUAAAAUUCUUGCACACUGCAGCCAGAACAGCGAUCCUUUGGAGUGUAGGAAAGGAGUUAGUUAGGUUGGGUCGCAUCAAUAAGGAUUUAUCUUAAAUCUAGAUUAAAUCAAUGUUUAUGUAAUAAGUAUGUUGUACCAAUCUUUAAACCUUGUUUACUUUUAAGCAGGUUUACAUUUAAUUUAUUUUUGAAGGGCAUAUUGCAGGUUAGAGGACCCAACGAGUCAAUGCAUA